AACCGCGGUGUCACCUGAUGUUUAUCCCGUGAUGAGGAAGUAUAAAGAGUAAUAGUUUGAAGUUGCUCUUCAGGAGUGUGACAACAUCGGAGCUGUUCGAUUGACGAGAUUUGAAAUUCCGACACCGAGAGGUGAGAGUGGGAAGAUGGCGACCGUGCUGUUCAUCUGCUCCUUGUUCUUCCUGGGCGCUUUAGGAAGUGCACCGAAACCUUGUACUUCACCAGAUCUCCUGGAAGGUCAGAAGACUGUUUUCGAUCAGAGCGCAGAGUUGGAAGGGGGGAGCUUCUCUUACGAUGCUGUUCAGAAGAGGAUUUUUGCCUCCAAAGUAACGUACUUUUCAAAUGGCACUACACUGCAAGAGAUGGAAUUCCUGCUAUUUCAGGAGUCUGUCCGCUACCAGUUCUACCCAGAGAGCGGAAAAUGUGUGAAGUCUGCUCUCCAUACUCCAUUCCAGCACAUCGAAGUUCCCUCUAAUGCAACAUUAAUCAUUCAGACAUACAUUGGAGGCUCCUCUGACCCACAAGAGGGGUUGCUAGCCAAUAUCUGGAACGUUGAAACUGGUGACGGUGUUCCCUACAUUUUGACCUUCACUGCAUUUGGAUGCCUCCCGUUGUCCGUUAACUACUACUGUAAGGAGAGGGGAUGGAUUGUUGAAUCGAUCAACGGUUUGACCACAGGGAUCAGAGAUCCGAAUGUGUUUAUUCCACCUGCGUCAUGCACUCAGCAGAAUUGAGAAUAUUCUCUCUUGGAAGUGGUACAAAACGAAGGAUUUAUCUGAUUCUAAUAAAGAAACGUUUCCAUGCCAAAUAAA